AUGAAUAGAGACAUUGAUGAUGCUUGUCUUAUGUCAUUUUAUGGGGUUAAGACAUUGACUCCCAAGAAAUUAAGUCAUUUGAAUAUCACCGAAAUUGAUUAUCCCGACAUUGACGAAAUCUCAAAACUAUCAGUUGAAGAACAAUUCACAAUCUUAAAUCAAUUGGUUAAUCCUAAUCAACAAGAGAAAGUCAAUCUCAAUUUAACAGAUAGAGAUGUAGAAGAUCCUUUGAAAGGACAAGGUACAAAUGUCGUAAUGGAUUUAAUACAAAAGGGUAUUAUUACUUCACCUCGGGAUCCAACGGUCAAAAGUUAUUUAAUUGGUUCGCAAUCCUUCAAUUCUCAAAAAUAUUUAACUACUAUUCAUCAUGAUACUCCAAUUCAACAAUUAAACUUUUCAUUGAAUUUCCUUGAGGAUAAUAUUCAUAGUCAUACCAAUGAAUUAAAGGGGGCAAUUGAUCAAAAUUUCAUACGAUUUAUAAAUUGUAAGAAAGCCAUUGAUGAUGUAUUGGUUGAAUUCAAGAAUCUGAAAACUAAAGCCCAAAAGGAAAGAGAUAAUGCUAGAGUAUUUAAUCCCGAAAAACAUGCGAUUCGUGCUACGACAGGAAAGGGUGAACUUGGAUUAGUCCAGGAAUUAGAAGGAGCAAUUAAUAAUAUGAAUACUACAACAUCUUUAAUGAUUAGACCAAUUUCAGAUAAAAAGAAUAAAGAAAUUAAAUUAUAUAAUAUGAUUAAUUUUAUUAAGGAGAAUAAAUUCUUUUUUGAUUUACCUGGGAUUUUAAUAAAUUCACUUUCAAAUCAUAAUAAUGAAAAACUUAUUGAUGAUUAUAAUGAAUUUUUAAUUCAAAAACGGAAAUUCUUUGAAAAUCUUGAAAGUCAACAAAAUGCCAAUUUGAUUAAGUUUACAAAAGAGAAGAAUGAAGAAGCUAUUAAGGAAUGGGAACAAGAGAAACAAAUCAAGAUAACCAUUCUUUCCAAAGUAUUCAAAGAAAUAGAUGAAAUCCGUGGACAAUUUAGCAAAAGAACAUAUAAGGAAUUACUUACAUUAGAUAAUGAUGCACUUUCAGAUACAUUCAAGGAGAACUCCAAAUUUAUUUCUUUGAUUGAUAAUUUAUCUAAAUUAAAUCCUUCAACUCAAACCAAUCCAAUUUCUGAAUUUUUAGCUAAACAGAUUGAUACUAUUUCCAAAAAUUUUGAAUAUAAAGUUUCCAAAUUUGAUAAUAAAUUUUUGUUAAUGCAAAGUAAAUUAUUGGAUUAUAUAAACUCAUUGAAUAAGAAUCGUCAAUCUGGUUCUCAUAUUAAUUAUAUUUCUGAAAAAUAUAAGAAUUAUCGAGAUGAAGUGACGGAUGCCAAAACAAGCGACGAAAGAAUCACUAUCAUUCAAGAAGCUUUUGGAAAUAGUGAUUCUUUGGAUUUGCCUUUGGUGAAUGAAACUUGGUUAGUAUUGUACAAUUUUAUUGAUUUCCUUGAUCAUUUAUUAUUGAACAAUUUAAACAAAUGUUUGAGUAAUUAUCAAUAUUAUGCAAAACAACGUGGAAUUGAUCCUGAAUGUAAGAUUAGAGAUUCUAUAAUUGAUUUAAUUAACAAAGUCGUGCUAUUAUUAGCUACAUUAUUUGACGAUGAUGAAUCCAAUAAUUCCAAUAAUCAAUUGGAAUCUUCACCUAGAUUCUAUAAACAAUUUGUUCCAUAUUAUACCAAUUCCUUAUCAGCAAUUUAUCAUCUAACUAAAAUCAACACCAAGCUAAAUCGGAUUUUUACCAGUUUUGGUCAAAAUGUGGGUACAAUUGGAAAUCUCACCAAAUAUCCUGACACUAAUAAAACCUUGAAAUCAUUAAAGUCAUAUAGUUCCAAAAUCAAUCAAAAAAUAAUUGAAGCAAUUUGUGCUGUAUGGGUGAAUGAUUGUAGUCAAUUUUAUGAUAUAGAAGAUUGGAAAACUGAAGAAGAAAUUGCUUUGCAUACAAUCAAUGAUUCCGUGGCCAAAUAUACUAAAUUUGUAAGUAUUAUUGAAUAUUAUCAAAUGUAUGUUAUAAUUAACAUUGCUGGAUUGAUUUUCCAAAAGGAAAAACAACAAGAUCAACAAUCAGAAUUUAAGAUUGUAAGUGCACAUCCAAGUAAGCGAAUCUUGGUAAGUAUUGAAAUUCAAUUUAUGAGAAGUUUGAAUAUAUUAGUGGAUUCAGUAAUGAAAAAAUAUAAUAUUGAAAGAUCUUUAGUACCUCAAAAUAUGUUGGAAGAAAAUUGUGAUGUUGAAAUAUUUAAAAUCUUAACUGUGAAUAAUUUAGAUCGAUUGUCAAGUCAAAUAUUCCCUAGAUUAAUUCGAAAAUUUGAUCAAUUAUAUCUCAAAGAUUUACAAAAACAAAAUUUGAAAUUAUUUGCUGAUAUAGAUAAAGCCAAUAUUACAAUUAUUGAUGAUAUUUUAACUAAUGAAAAAUUAUACAUCAAUACUCAAAUCAAUAAUUUCUUUAAUACCAAAUUCGAACCUAAAGAAUUGAGAAUUGACGGAUUUAUUUAUAAAAUCUUAGUUCAUUUUGUCAAAUUAAUCAACAAGAUCAAACCAUUAACCGCAUUAGCCAUAUUUGUGAAAAUCAUAAAUGAACUUCAAUUAAGUCUAAUCAAGACCAUCUUGGAUAAUUUACGAAAGUUUGAAAUCUCAAGUAUUGCAUUGGUUAAUUUGAAAUUAGAUGCAACUUUCUUAUUGAAAGUAUUUGAUAAUUCAAGAAAUUUGAAAUUGAAUGAAAAUUGUCUGAAAAUAAUUCAAAUCUUAUUGAAUACAAUUGAUGAACAAUAUGAACAAUUUGGUAAGAAUGCGUUUAGUUAUUCUCAGGAACAAUUCCAAUUGGUGCUACAAGAUAAUUUGAAUUCUUCUUCAAGUGAAUUUAGUUGUUUUUAG